ACUUUUGCUAAUACAACAGUUUUAAUUUAGUAAAUGAUUUAAACUUUCUAGUAUAUUUUAUCCUUAACUUAUUAUGCAGUAAUUGGAUGAACCUUCGAGAUGCUGACAGUGGCAAGAUUUUGUGGCAAGGAACUGAUGAUUUCACAAGUCCAGAUGUGGAACAUGAAGCAAGGGUACCAAGAAAGAUUCUGAAAUGCAAAGCUGUGUCUCGUGAAAUUUCCUUUUCAUCAGUUCAUGCCAUGGAAAAGUUUCGAUUAGAACAACGAGUAUAUUAUAAGGGUCGAAUGUUGGAAGAAUGGUUUUUUGAGUUUGGUACAGUGAUACCGAAUUCCACUAAUACCUGGCAAAGUUUGAUAGAAGCAGCGCCAGAGUCCCAAAUGAUGCCAGCACAAGUUUUGAGGUACAGUGUGUCUAUACAGUACAGCCAGUUUUUUAUGUUAAAGCUUGUUAUAAUUAAUGUCACAAGUUAUAAACAGUUAAUGUUUAUGUAACUUAUCUUCUUGAAU